GCCUGCCCCCAGGCUCCCGGCCGCCGCGCACCGCCACUGUCCGCCAGUCAACCUCCGACUGCGCCCGCAUGCGUACACGAUCCGUAGAUCGCGCCCUAGUGUGAACCGGCUGUGCUAAAUGGAACUAACCAGCGUUCAAUGUUAAAGAAACAAAGCUACGAGGACAAGGAAGUGAACAUGGCGAUACAGAGUGUUUCGAGGUACCCGAGCAGCCCUGCCGAAGCGACGGAGCCACCCAAGGCGUCGAGGAUCAGUUUCAGCGUGGCGUCAAUAUUGGCGGAUACGAAGGCGAGCCAAGUGGAUGAGACGGCGGAGAUGAUCAGGCACCACCGGACAAUCCCGGAGUCUCCGUUGAGGCAGUCUCCUUCGGCGCAGCCUGAGCUGCCCGGUGGGAAGUCGGUGUCUCCGAGGCCGUCAUCUCAGACGCCACCUUUGAAUUUGAAUAUAUCAAAUAUGUCAGCGACUGUUACUUCUUCUGAAGAUGAGUAUGAGGACUCAGUUAACCAAGAAGACUCGAUAGUAGAUGUGGAAGACCUGCAGAAUGGUUUGCCGAGUGAGGAUGAGGAGAGAGGUCCGUCGGAGAAGGCGCAGCUGGUGCGGCCGACGCCGUUUAGUGCGCUGGCGGUGGCGGCGUACGGGUUGACGGGCUGGCCGGGCCCGCCGCCUGUCGUGCCUUCCUUCGGUCCACUGUUCCAGUCACAUUUCCCCGUUGGACCUUUAACAGAUGCCAAUGGUGAGCCUGCGAAGUUGAAAUGUAAUCUCCGCAAGCACAAACCUAAUCGCAAGCCACGCACCCCGUUCACCGCGCAGCAGCUUCGAGCGCUAGAAAGCAAGUUUGUCGACAAGCAAUACUUGAGUAUUGCGGAACGAGCCGAGUUCUCUUCAUCAUUAGGAUUGUCUGAAACUCAGGUAAAAAUCUGGUUCCAAAACCGAAGAGCGAAAGCGAAGCGCGUACAGGAGGCGGAGAUCGAGAAACUCAAAAUGGCGCAGUUUUCCCGCCACCCCCACCAUUUAUACCCCCACCCCGCGCUGCAGCAGUAUUUCCACCCGCACCACCUUAUGGCGGGAGGGCGACCGUUGCCCCCCAUGGGCCUGCCGCCACCACAUCUAACCAUGGUCCAACCACCUGUGUCAGGCGGAUCACCGUCACCAAGCACACAAACUACCACCCAACAGUGAUUCAAAAAGACGUUAUAAACUGUGACUUCAAAUUCAAAUUCGGAACUAUCGAACGCUGAGCCGUUGAAAAAAGUUCCGCAUAUUUAAAAAAAGAAUAUUUGUCUGCUGUCGCUGCCGUCAUGGUUGUGAGUGCAGUGAGUUUUAAGAAUGUGUAAAUUAUUUUGUAAAUAUUAGAAUAAAGGGAGUUUACACAAUAUCGUGUAUUAGUUAUAAUUUUCUGAAUUAAUUUAAUGUAAAACUUUGUAGGUAAACUUUACCUUCCAACCAAAAUUUUGUUUAUGUAAGUACAAAAUUCCCCUUCGUUCAAAU